AAAACUGACCAUGGCCGCUACAACAACCACAGCUGGUUUCCAAAUAAUGCAGGAUGCUGGUAAGGAAAAUCCUCGCAACAACAUGAUCAAAGAGAAGACCCUAUUGGCUGGUAAAUCCGGCCAUCAUGUCUUACAGCCAUUGGGUGCCAGCACCUUGGGUGUUGGUGCUGGUGGCGUCUCUUUGAAACAAGGACGCGCCAAUUUUGCCGUACUCAAUUCAAAUGCCAAUGUACGUACGGCUGCCGCCGUUCACAACAGUAACAACAACAUACAUGGUGUACAUACAGCAGGAGCCGGCACUAAAGUGGCCUUCCGUGAUGUUGGCAAUGUUAAAAAUAGCAACAAAGACGAGCAAACAACAUUGGUGGGCAAAAAAUCCACAGUGGUGCCGGUGGAACAAUUUAAAACCUUUUCCGUCUAUGAGGAUCACAAUGAAAAUGUGGAGCAGCAACAAUUGGUGGCCGCGCUAAAUAAACAAAAUGAUGCCACAGCAGCCCCAGCUAGUCAAGAUGUUGUUGACAAGGAAAAUCUAUUCCAAGAAAAACAACAACAACGUUUGCAGCAACAUCAUCAUAUUUUAAGUGAAAGAAGUGACCUUCAUCACAAUAAAUUCGAUGAUAAUCAUGAUGAAUAUAUUUUGGAUACCACACCAAUGUCCGUUUCUGAUGUACUAUCACCCAUGUCGGUGGAUCGCAGUGCAUCGGCGGCCAAAUUUUUCGACGAUAGCAAUGCCAAAGAUAUUGCUAAAUCUGCUGAUGACAAUGACGUUGAUGAUAAAUUGGCAGUGCCACGCAAUGAUCGUCAACGUUUCUUUGAAGUUGUCGAAUAUCAACGCAAUAUUUUGGAAUAUUUCCGUGAAAGUGAGAAAAAACAUCGCCCAAAACCUCAUUAUAUGCGCCGCCAAACAGACAUCAACUAUUCGAUGCGUACAAUUUUGGUCGAUUGGCUGGUCGAAGUAUCCGAAGAAUAUAAUUUGGAUACGGAAACCCUAUACUUGUCUGUAUCCUACAUUGAUCGGUUCCUUAGCCAUAUGUCGGUGGUGCGUAACAAAUUACAAUUGGUCGGAACGGCAGCUAUGUACAUUGCUUCCAAAUAUGAAGAAAUCUAUCCACCAGAUGUCUCGGAAUUUGUUUUCAUCACCGAUGAUACCUACAGCAAGGCCCAAGUAUUGCGUAUGGAACAGAUUAUUUUGAAAAUUUUAGCUUUCGAUUUGUGCACACCAACUGCCUAUGUGUUCAUCAAUACCUAUGCUGUGCUCACCGACAUACCCGACAAGGUGAAAUUCCUUACUUUGUAUAUUGCGGAAUUAUCGCUCUUGGAAGCCGAUCCCUAUUUGCGUUUCCAUCCCUCAUUGAUUUCCGCUGCUGCCUUGGCUUUGGCCCGUUAUCUCUGCAAAUUGCCAGUUUGGUCAGCGGAAUUGGAGGAAAUCACCACCUACCGUUUGGAGGAUUUGCGUGAGGUGUUCCUGUGCCUAUGCAAAACACAUGUUGCUGCGGCCACAUUGCCACAACAGGCCAUCCAGGAGAAAUACAAGGCCGAAAAAUUCCGUUCCGUUUCCACAAUCGAAGCCCUAAACAUUGAUGACGAACAAUUUGUUGAAAUUGUUAACAAUUAUAAUGAAAAACAAAAACAGGAACAACUGUCAUCCGCAGCAGCAGCAAAUGGCGGUGCCACAACAUCAACGCCUUCAUCAAAAGUGAAUUUGUUUUUUAAGUUUUGA